AUGGGACAAUCAUUUUUUUCUCUAGUAGACCCCAUACGAAUAUUGCAACCACACCGAGACACCCUUAUCCUGUCUCUUGGGAUUGGAGACUUCGACGUAAGGCGGAUUUUGGUCGACCCGGGCAGCUCAGCCGACCUCUUGCAGGUAUCAGUAAUCAAACAAAUGGGACUCGUGCCCUCCAGCUUGGAGAACCUGGGGUGGAUUUUGUUAGGAUUUAAUGGAGCCGCAACAACCUCCCUUGGAGACGUUGCACUACCGGUCCAAGCAGACCCAGUCAUCCUCAACGUACAAUUCUCAAUAGUGGAAGAUUUAUCCCCCUUCAACGCCAUUUUGGGGCGCAUCUGGUUGCAUUAUAUGAAAGCCAUCCCUUCCACGUACCAUCAGAUGGUGAGUUUUCUCAUCGAAGACGGACAUAUUGAUUUAUAUGGCAGUCAGUUAGCAGCCCGCCAGUGCUAUCAAAUAUCACGAGAUGCCAGGUCUAGCAAUGAUCGCGAGCCACUCCCUGAGCAAGCGAAUGCACCCAACUAA